AUGGAGAGAUGCAUCGAAGUCACUCCUCCUUGCCCCGUGGAGGCUACCAUCUACGGCUACUAUCCGAACGUUGGCGGCAAUGCUUUCUUUGUAGCCCUUUUCAGUAUCUGCACCGUGGCACAACUCGUUCUCGGUAUUAAAUUUCGGCUUCGUGCGUUCACAGCUGUAAUGGUCAUUGGUUGCGGCCUCGAAGCACUCGGAUACAUUGGUCGACUGCUGCUCAACCAGAACCCCUGGAGCGAUGAUGGCUUUCGCCUGCAGGUUGUUUGCCUCAUCCUUGCGCCGUCCUUUAUGGCGGCAGGAAUCUACCUCACGCUCAAGCAUCUCAUCACCUACAUUGGACCGGAGAACUCCCGCCUCGCCCCGAAGUGGUAUACUUGGAUCUUCAUCAGCUGCGACGCUAUCAGUUUUCUCAUGCAAGCUGCCGGCGGAGGCAUGGCCGCAUCCGCCGACGGAGACGACAGCUUGGCCGACACGGGAAACAACCUCAUGAUUGCUGGCAUUGCGUUCCAGGUUGUUACGAUGGGUAUUUGCGGCUUACUGGCCAUCGACUUUGCUUGGCGGACUUACAGCAGGAGGCGGUCGACGAAAGGUUCGAACCCCUGGAACCAGUCGGCUGAGCCCAACUGGAGGUUCCGGUUCUAUUUGUCCGCAUCAACAGUUGCAUUUGUGACAAUUUUCAUUCGCUGCAUUUACCGUCUUCCUGAAAUGGCUGGUGGCUGGGGUAACGAACUCAUGCGUAAAGAAGGUGAAUUCUUGGUCUUGGACGGAAUGAUGAUUGCUAUUGCCGCAAUUCUCAUGACGGUUGCUUAUCCCGGCAUAUUCUUUCCCGCCAUCAGCUCGCGAGGACGUGCCUCCUCUCAACCGAGAAACAAAGAUUCUCAACCGAACGACUCUGACUACUCCAUGAGAGCUAUUCCUCUUUCCGAUUAA